UCAACAGUUUCGAGAAAAUUUUGAUAACUGGACUACCGGUUUUCAAGAAAUAGAUGAAUUUAUAAGAGAAACUCAAUUAAAUGCUAAAGAUUGCACCGAAUAUUUAGAAUUUUUACCCUUCAAAUCUUUUAUUGGUAUAAAUAAGUAUGAUACUUCUGAAUUUGGAACAGUUUAUACUGCUAAUUGGAAGAAGGGACCAAGAGACGCUUGGAAUAAACUUGAGAAUAAAUAUGUGGCCAAGAGAGAUUUAAUAAAAGUCGCUCUUAUUUCUCUUGGCAAAGACCCUGUAAUAUUUUUAAAAGAGUUAAAACUCAGUUAUAAUUUUCGCUCAAAGAAUGGACUUAUAAUAAGAUUAUUUGGUAUUACUCGAGAAACUGUCACUGGUCAUCUAAUGUUGGUUGCCGAAACUUGCGAAUGGGAUUUAAGACAUUAUGUUUCUCAUCAUUUUGCUCGCCUAACCUGGUCUCGUAAAGUUGCUAUCCUUCAUUCUAUUGCUUGUGCUCUCGAAUCUUAUCAUAAUGGUGAACAAGUCCAUCGAGAUCAUUCAUCGAAUGUUCAAAUAUAUAAAUCUCAUAUAGAAAUUCCUGUAAAUGAAUUGGGCUUAGGGGAUAGUAAAGAUCCAAUUCCAAUAAUAGGAGAUUGGUAUUUACAUGGUAAAAAUUCCGAUUUAUUUGAAUCAGCAGAAAAUAUUAGACUUAGUAAUAUGAAAGCUAAAGGACUUGAUACAACUCCUGGAAAAAUGGUUUCCCCUCCAAAGAUUCAUCCACAAGCUAUAUAUACGAGUAGAAAGAUUAAAUUUUCCAUACUUCCUUUGUCUGGUGUUAGUUCUCAUCGUAUUAAACAAUCUUAUGAUGCUUCAAAUAGAAAUUCAAUUGAUCUGGCAUCUUUACUUGUUCGAGAUGAAAGUUAUUUUGUUAAGAAUAGGUUAUUGCAAACAAGAGAUUUAGAGGAGGAAGAAGAUGAUGACCUCCGAAAACAAUACGAAUUAUCAAUACCUUUUGAUAUUUCACCAGCUGAUGUAAUGGUAUCAUCAUAG